AUGGCCGAGCUGGAGCACCUGGGCGGGAAGCGGGCCGAGUCGGCGCGCGCGCGGCGGGCGGAGCAGCUGCGGCGCUGGCGGGGCUCGGAGACGGAGCAGGAGUCCGCCGAGCGGCAGCCGCGCGCCCGCCGCGGGGCCCCCCGCGUCCGCUUCGAGGACGGCGCGGUGUUCCUGGCCGCCUGCUCCAGCGGGGACACGGACGAGGUGAAGAGGCUGCUGGCCCGAGGCGCCGACAUCAACACGGCCAACGUGGACGGCCUGACUGCGCUGCACCAGGCCUGCAUCGACGAGAACUUCGACAUGGUGAAGUUCCUGGUGGAGAGCAGGGCCGACGUGAACCAGCAGGACAAUGAGGGCUGGACGCCCCUGCACGCGGCGGCGUCCUGCGGCUACCUGAACAUCGCCGAGUACUUCCUCAGCCACGGCGCCAGCGUGAGCAUCGUCAACAGCGAAGGGGAGGUGCCCUCUGACCUGGCGGAGGAGGCGGCCAUGAAGGACCUUCUUCUGGAGCAAGUGAAGAAGCAAGGGGUGGACCUGGAGCAGGCGCGGAAGGAGGAGGAGCAGCAGAUGCUGCAGGACGCGAGGCAGUGGCUCAACAGCGGGAAGAUCAAGGACACCCGGCAGGCUCGCUCGGGGGCCACCGCCCUGCACGUGGCCGCCGCCAAGGGCUACUCCGAGGUGCUCAGGCUGCUGAUUCAGGCUGGCUACGACCUGGACGUGCAGGACCACGACGGCUGGACGCCCCUCCACGCCGCCGCGCACUGGGGCGUGAAGGAGGCCUGCUCCAUCCUGGCCGAGGCCCUCUGCAACAUGGACGUCAGGAAUAAGCUGGGCCAGACGCCGUUCGAUGUGGCUGACGAGGGCAUCGUGGAGCACCUGGAGAUGCUCCAGAAGCAGCAGAGCGUGCUUCGAAGUGAAAAGGAGACGCGGAAUAAGCUCAUUGAGUCGGACCUGAACAGCAGAUUGCGGGGUGGACUCCUUAAGAACAAAGAGAAGAUGCUCUAUGGGGAGGAGACACCCAAGUCCCACAACACGGAGGAGGAAAACAAGGAGUCCAGCAGCUCCAGCUCGGAGGAGGAGGAGGGCGAAGAUGACGCGUCCGAGUCUGAGACUGAGAAGGAGGCAGCCACAGAUCAGAAGCCAGAGGCCGUUGUCAACCAUUCCAGCUCGGAAAGCAAGGGCCACAUCCUGGAGCAGACACCAGCCCCCACUCAGAACACCUCCUCUGUCUCCUCAGCCAGGAGGCUCGCCAGCCUUUUUAACAAGCUGGAGGAGCCCAAAGACGAGUCUCCUUCCUCAUGGCGCCUGGGACUGAGGAAGACGGGCAGCCACAACACGCUGAGUGCCGUGGCCGACACCCGGGAGGCUGCAAGAGACCGGGGCUCCGCCCUCUCCCGCUCGGCGUCCAGCCCUCGCAUCUCCGCUCUGCUGGACAACAGAGACAAGGAGAGGGAGAGCAGAAGCUACCUCAGCUCCCUGGCGGCCCGGAGGCUCAGCAGCACGAGCGACGCCGAGGAGAAGGAGAACAGAGAAUCGGCUGUGAACCUGGUGAGGAGCGGCUCGUACACGCGGCAGCUGCGGAGGGACGAAGCCAAGGGGAGCGAGACGCCGCCAACCACGGCCCCUUCCACCUACGUGUCCACCUACCUGAAGAGGACUCCUCACAGGUCCCUGGCCGACUCCACAGCCGAGAAAGCAGACGGCGGCUCACCCAGCACCCCUCUGUGUGUGAUCACCAACCGCCCCCCGCCCAGCACUGCCAACGGGGUCACCAGUGCCUCUCUGCUGUCCACGCCUGGGACGGACUCCUCCGCGGAAGCCAGGGAGAGACGGAGGUCCUAUCUGACUCCCGUCCGCGAUGAGGAGGCUGAGUCUCUGCGGAAAGCGCGCUCCAGGCAGGCCCGGCAGACCCGCCGGUCCACGCAGGGAGUGACUCUGACAGACCUGCAGGAGGCAGAAAGGACCUUCAGCCGGUCUCGGGCGGAGCGGCAGGCUCAGGACCAGCCUGGCCAGAAGCCGGGCACCGAAGGGCUGGAGGGCCACGCCGAGAGGUAUGAGACGUCCACAGUCCCUGCCAAGGACACCGGGGAAGGCCGCCAGCCCUGGGGCCGGGGUCAGGAGGAAGAGCCCGCGUCCCGUCGCCUGAGGGGUGCAGCUCAGCCAGAGAAGCCCACCACCGCCGUGUCCCCCAGCACCUCGAGACCCACCCUCUACACCAGCUCACACCUGCUGCGGACAAGCGGCCCGGCCGCCCCCGACGCCGAGAGCUCCGAGGCCAAGGACAUGGACAGAGACGAGAGCGAAGAGGCAGGGGCGGACGACCCGGGCGCCGGCGGGCUGUCCGUUCGGGAGCGGCGGCGGCCCCGGGAGCGGCGCAGGGGCACCGGCAUCAGCUUCUGGACGAAGGACGAGGAGGAAGCUGAUGGCUCUGAAGAGGGGAAGGAAGCGAGGCACGAGAGGCUUUCUAGGUUGGAGUCCGGAGGCAGCAACCCCACGGCCAGCGACUCCUAUGGGGACCGGACCUCGGCGAGAGCACGCCGGGAGGCGCGGGAGGCCCGCCUGGCCAGCCUGGCCAGCCGCGGGGACGAGGACAGCAGCAGGGACUACAAGAAGCUCUACGAGGGCGCCCUGACCGAGAACCAGAAGCUGAAGACCAAGCUGCAGGAGGCCCAGCUGGAGCUGGCAGAUGUCAAGUCCAGGCUGGAGAAGGUGGCCCAGCAGAAACAGGAGAAGACGCCCGACAGGUCCUCGCUGCUGGAGGUGGAGAAGCGGGAGCGGCGGGCCCUGGAGCGGAAGAUGUCCGAGAUGGAGGAGGAGAUGAAGGUGUUAACAGAGCUGAAGUCCGACAACCAGAGGCUAAAAGAUGAGAACGGCGCCCUCAUCCGGGUCAUCAGCAAACUGUCCAAGUAG